UCUCUUUCUCAUCUUCAUGUCUCAUUCUGUCUCUUUUCCCUUUUCUGUAACUAUAAAAAAGUAGUGUAUGAGGUAAAAAGUAGUUGUUUUACUCAUGUUUUUUCACAAAUGCUAUGUUUUUGUCUCUUUAUUUCUUGCUAUCAGCUGCACUUUAAGACAGCAUUCACUUUCUGAAGCAGAGGCACCAUUUCAUCAAAACCCAAGGAUCUUACCAUGGACACUCAGUCGAAAACAGAGCGAGUGAAAACAGCGGUAUCUGCUCUCUGCAAAAUCCCGCUUCUCUUUCUGCUCCUGUACCUCUUUGUGUGCUCCCUUGACAUUUUAAGCUCCGCUUUCCAACUAGCUGGAGGCAGGGUAGCAGGAGAUAUCUUCCAGGAAAAUGCCAUCCUGUCUAACCCAGUGGCAGGUCUGGUGGUGGGAAUACUGGUGACAGUGUUAGUCCAGAGCUCCUCUACCUCUACCUCGAUCAUAGUCAGCCUUGUCUCUUCUGGUUUACUGGAUGUUCAGUCAGCCAUUCCUAUUAUCAUGGGCUCCAACAUCGGAACAUCAGUCACCAGUACCAUUGUUGCUCUAAUGCAGGCUGGGGAGAGAGAUGAGUUUGAAAGGGCAUUUGCUGGAGCUACAGUCCACGACUGUUUUAACUGGUUGUCUGUCUCUGUGCUUCUCCCUCUGGAGGCUGUGAGUGGCCUGUUGAGGCGACUGUCACAGGCCGUAGUCGACACACUACAGCUCAGUACUGGAGAAGAAGCUCCUGAACUUCUUAAAGUCCUCACUGAGCCGUUCACUAAAAUGAUUAUCCAGCUGGAUCGGUCAGUCAUUACAGCCAUCGCUACAGGAGACCAGAGUGUGAAGAACAAGAGUCUGGUGAAACAAUGGUGUCAAACAGUGAAGGUAAUGGACAAUGAAACAUCCUGGGGAACACACAACCUUUCAGAACAUACACAGAAAUGUAGUCAUCUCUUUGUGGACUGCUCUUUGUCAGACUUGGCCAUAGGUCUGAUCCUCCUGUCUUGCUCUCUGUUGGUGCUGUGCAGCUGUCUGAUACUGCUGGUUAAACUGCUCAACUCCCUGCUGAAGGGCCAGGUGGCCAGUGCUAUUAAUAAAGUUGUCAAUACAGAUUACCCCUACCCUUUUACCUGGCUGGCAGGUUAUCUGGCUCUUUUAGUGGGAGCAGGCAUGACCUUUUUGGUUCAGAGUAGUUCUGUCUUCACCUCUGCCAUCACUCCUCUCAUAGGGAUUGGUGUGAUCAGUAUUGAAAGAGCCUACCCUUUAACCCUGGGGUCCAACCUUGGAACCACUACAACAGCUACAUUGGCAGCCCUGGCUAGUCCGGGAGAUAAGCUAGCUGCUGCCACACAGGUUGCUUUAUGUCAUUUCUUCUUUAACCUCCUUGGUAUCCUGCUGUGGUAUCCCAUACCAGCCACCCGCUUACCCAUACGUAUGGCCUGUGCCCUUGGCAACUGCACUGCCAGGUACCGCUGUUUUGCUGUUUUGUACCUCCUCCUCUGCUUCGUGCUACUCCCAUCCCUCGUGUUUGCCCUCUCCAUAGCCGGGUGGAAGGUGAUGACCGGGAUUGGUGUACCAGUCUUUGCUGUGAUUAUAUCUGGUGCAACAGUAAACAUGCUCCAGGCACACAGACCUGAUUGUUUGCCACUUACACUGCAGAACUGGGACUUUCUUCCUGUUUGGGUGACCUCGCUGCAGCCCCUUGAUGACUUCAUCACCAGGGUGACCCUGUGGUGCAGGCAGGGAAGAGGUUGGAGUUGCAAGGGAAAUGAUGGUCCAGUUACAUCACUGGAGGGCAUUACUGUAAACCCUGUGCGAAAAGUCAGAGAGAAAUCGAAGAGUGGGGACGGACAGGAAAUUGAUAAGAGCUGGCAGAAACAAAGAGGACUGGAUAAACCUGGAUGGUGUGAACUACAAUGCAAUGAGGAAAACCACAGAGACAACACAGCAACCAAUGUGUCUUCAGAGAACAACGUAUUUAACUUGGCUGCAGUGUGGUCCAUAAAGAAAAACACAAACUUAAACAAUCAGGGCACUCAAUUAAGCAGCACUCACUUGUAGUGCUACUAUCUUGUGUCUACGGUGUGCCAGACUUUGCAUGAAUUUAAAGACCUGUAUGGAGCUCACCACUGAAAUAAUUUUUACAAUUGUGUGCUGAAAAAAACAUAACUGUAAUAGUCAGGGGAUUUGUAACUGGUUGCAUAAACUCAUUGAAGUGUGAGAUGAGCUACUGUAAAUGUAGGGCAGGUGGUCUGCUUUUAGAUGAGUAAGGUAUGAAUAGUUAAUAAAUAGCAUGCUGGUUUCUUACCAGCAUACAGAGAGAUAAUUAUUAACAGGUUGGCUUUUAUUUUACACAACUGAUGCAAGAGGACUCUGUGAAUCCUAACUGUGAUAACUUGUUAUAUACAGUAUAUUUGAGAGUAUUGCAGUACCUUCCUUUCAGUUGCAACUUUAGCAAAAUAAAAAUGAACAAAGAUG